AUGAAUGGAACAGAAGGUAAUAAUUUUUACAUCCCCAUGUCCAACAAGACUGGUGUUGUUCGGAGUCCAUAUGAGUAUCCUCAGUACUAUCUGGCAGACCCAUGGCAGUUUUCUGCACUGGCUGCUUACAUGUUUCUUCUGAUUCUUCUGGGAUUCCCGAUCAACUUCCUGACUCUCUACGUCACAAUCCAACACAAGAAACUCAGAACACCUCUGAACUAUAUCCUUUUAAAUUUGGCCAUAGCCAAUCUCUUCAUGGUCUUAAUGGGCUUCACCACUACCAUGUACACAUCUAUGAAUGGACAUUUUGUUUUUGGAACAGUAGGAUGCAAUAUUGAAGGCUUCUUUGCUACAAUGGGCGGUGAGACAGCCCUAUGGUCUCUGGUAGUCCUGGCUGUUGAAAGAUAUGUGGUGGUCUGCAAGCCCAUGAGCAACUUUCGUUUCAGUGAGACCCAUGCCAUCAUAGGGGUGGGUUUUACUUGGAUUAUGGCCUUGGCCUGUGCUGGUCCUCCUCUCCUUGGGUGGUCAAGGUAUAUCCCAGAAGGUAUGCAGUGCUCGUGUGGAGUUGAUUAUUAUACACCAAACCCGGAGGUCCACAAUGAGUCCUUUGUCAUCUACAUGUUUGUGGUACACUUUGUCACACCAUUGACUAUUAUCUUCUUCUGCUAUGGGCGCCUUGUCUGUACUGUUAAACAGGCUGCAGCUCAGCAACAGGAGUCUGCCACCACCCAGAAAGCUGAGAAAGAAGUCACACGCAUGGUUGUCAUCAUGGUCAUUUCCUUCCUUGUCUGCUGGGUCCCCUAUGCCAGUGUUGCUUUCUACAUCUUCACUCACCAAGGAUCAGACUUUGGUCCUGUGUUUAUGACUAUCCCGGCCUUCUUUGCCAAGAGCUCCGCUAUUUACAAUCCGGUGAUUUACAUCUUAAUGAAUAAACAGUUCCGUAACUGUAUGAUCACCACCCUCUGCUGUGGAAAGAAUCCUUUGGCUGAGGAGGACACCUCUGCUGGAACUAAGACAGAGACUGUCUCCACAAGUCAGGUCUCCCCAGCCUAGAUUCACCAAAGAAACCUUUGACUUCAGACUGUUUCAUCUGCACGACCACAUUCUUUUCACCUCCGCUGUCAUCACUCUCUGCAGCACGCCAUUUGCAACUCACUUGGCAGGGAAGAAUGGACUCUUCUUUUUCUGACUGUGACUCUCAGACAAGUGAGUCUGUAGGUAUUUUUGUGACGGCACUACAAGUGGUGCAAAUCAGGUCAAUGACCAUGAUGCUACAUGAGUUAACGGCCCCAAAAUGCAUGCCUCUAAGCCAUAUAUCUCCUGCAGAUUGACUUCCCUGUUUGGUGUAGCAUUUGCAUUUAAUUCUGGUUUUCAGCCAUCUGCCCUGCGUCCAUAAGGUUGCCUGGGGGCAACUGGCUGUCUUUAGGGAUACACUGCCUCUGUUCAGUUUUCAUCUUGCUCCUCCUAGGCUAUUUUCUGAGCUUUGCAUAAAAUGAACAGGUGAACAUUAAUGGCUAGCAAAUUGACCUGCUUUUUGUUGUUGUUGUUGAUGCUGCUGCGGUUGUUCCUCAUUUCUUAUUAUUUAGAGACUUAUUGAGGCUUCAUUCAUAAUCAAGAAAAAUGUGUAACUUGAAACUCACUUUUGUGUACUGGGGG